CCAGACAGUCCCGUGUCUCUUCAUCUUCUAGAAUACUAAAGAUUUAUCCUCUAUUUAGUGGUUACUAUUAUAGAUAACGCACCAAAUGGCAUCUACGACACAUACCAAAUUCACUGCAAACACUGAAGGAUUCGAUGUUGCAAAGGAGUUUGCACUUGGGAUCCGUGGAAAGACAGUCAUAGUCACGGGCGUGAACCGCGGUGGAAUCGGUUUCUCGACCUCACAAGCCUUCGCUUCUCAGUCCCCAGCCCACCUGAUCAUCACUGGUCGGAACCCAUCCAAGAUUCAAGAAUGUAUAAACGCUCUUCGAGCGGAGUACCCUAACAUAGAAUACCGUGGCUUGCAGGUUGAUCUUUCAAUCCAGCAGUCCGUCCGUGAUGCAGCCGCCAAGGUCAUGUCCUGGAGCGACGUGCCUAUGAUCGACAUCCUUAUCAAUAAUGCCGGUGUCAUGGGCAUCCGGGAGCGUACCUUGACCAGCGAUGGCAUCGAGACGCACUUUGCGACAAACCAUAUCGGUCACUGGCUCUUCACAUGUCUGAUAAUGCCUAAAUUAGCCAAAGCUGCCGAGAAUAGCCCAAAAGGGGCCACGCGUGUUGUCAAUGUGAGUUCUGCUUCUCCUUGGGUAUCGGCUAUGCGCUGGAGCGACCUGAACUUCGACAAGAAAAACAAGGAUCUUCCCAAGGAAGAGCAGCCUAAUUAUGAGUGGUUCAAGGCCUGGGGAUAUACGGAUCUGGAGAACCAAUCUUAUAAUCCUCUUGACGGCUACAACCGCAGCAAGGUGGCAAAUGUCCUUUCUGCUAUCGGUGCGAACAAGCGUUUGUUCAAUAAACAUGGAGUGCUUUCCCUAGCCGUACACCCUGGAGUAAUUGAUACGGAGCUGGGUCGGAACUUUCCUCUCGAAACAUUGGAAGCGGUCAAGACGUUGAAGGAGCAAGGAGUUUACAGUUCGAAAACGCUAGGUGCAGGAGCCUCAACUAGCAUGGUUGCUGCACUAGACCCCAAAUUAGCGGAAGGUGUCAGCAAUGACAAGAUGAAUUCGGGCUCGUACCUAGUUGAUUGUCAGAUUAGUGAUCAAGCUUGUCCACUUGCAGUGUCUAGCGAGGAGGCUGAAAAACUAUGGGAACUAUCUGAGAAGUUGGUUGGGCAGGCUUUUACGUGGUAAACGGACAACAGUGUGCUUGAGGCUUUGGACGUUCAGAAAUCCCAUCUUUUAGACUGAGACUGAAGAAAAUGCUGGAAAAUCG